AUGGCUGGAACAAGGGCCCUUUUGAUGCUGGAAAAUUUCAUAGAUGGGAAAUUUUUACCUUGUAGCUCAUACCUAGAUUCCUACGAUCCCUCUACAGGGGAAGUGUACUGCCGAGUGCCAAACAGUGGAAAAGAAGAGAUCGAAGCCGCGGUGGAGGCCGCCAGAGCAGCUUUUCCGGGCUGGUCCUCCCGGAGCCCCCAGGAGCGCUCGCAGGUGCUGCAGCGGCUGGCGGAUUUGCUGGAACAGUCCCUGGAGGAGCUGGCCCAGGCUGAAUCCAGGGACCAAGGGAAAACCCUAACCCUGGCGAGAACCAUGGACAUUCCCCGGUCUGUACAGAACUUCCGGUUCUUCGCUUCCUCCAUCCUGCACCACACGUCCGAGUGCACACAGAUGGACCACCUGGGCUGUCUCCACUACACGGUUCGGACCCCCGUGGGCAUCGCUGGUCUGAUCAGUCCCUGGAAUCUGCCCCUCUACUUGCUGACCUGGAAGCUGGCUCCAGCGAUCGCUGCUGGCAACACUGUGAUAGCCAAGCCCAGCGAGCUGACUUCUGUGACCGCGUGGAUGAUGUGCAAACUCCUGGAGAAAGCAGGUGUUCCACCAGGUGUUGUAAAUAUUGUGUUCGGAACGGGACCCAGGGUAGGCGAGGCACUGGUGUCCCACCCAGAGGUGCCCCUCAUCUCCUUCACUGGGAGCCAGCCCACGGCUGAGCGGAUCACACAGCUGAGUGCUCCCCACUGCAAGAAGCUCUCGCUGGAGCUGGGGGGCAAGAACCCUGCCAUCAUCUUUGAAGAUGCCAACCUGGAGGAGUGUGUUCCGACCACAGUCAGGUCCAGCUUUGCCAACCAGGUCAGAAGUUACAUCAAGAAAGCUCGCAUGGAAGGAGCCCAAAUUCUGUGCGGUGAGGGAGUGGAUAAGUUAAACCUCCCCCCCAGGAAUCAAGCAGGGUACUUCAUGCUUCCCACGGUGAUAACAGACAUUAAGGACGAGUCCUGCUGCAUGAAGGAAGAGAUAUUUGGUCCGGUGACGUGUGUCGUCCCCUUUGAUAGUGAAGAGGAAGUGAUUCAAAGAGCCAACAGUGUUAAAUAUGGACUGGCCGCCACGGUGUGGUCAGGCAACGUGGGGCGUGUCCACCGGGUGGCCAAGAAGUUACAGUCAGGCUUGGUCUGGACCAACUGCUGGCUCAUCAGAGAGCUGAACCUGCCUUUCGGGGGGAUGAAGAGUUCUGGUGUGGGUAGAGAAGGAGCCAAGGACUCUUAUGAAUUCUUCACUGAAAUCAAAACCAUCACCAUUAAACACUGACCUUGGCCAUUGGAGAAGCUGUUACAGUUGACGCCUGGCUGCAGAGAGAAUCAGUCAUCCAGUGUGAUGAACGGAAUUCCUGGCAUAAAUUUCAGCCACGUCUUGACUCAGCAGAAGGUUAUCUCUAUAGCUUAUCCUCUGUACUUAGUAUUUUUACCCUCUGGUGAAGAUAUGCUAUUUCUUUUCAGUGAAGAGUUGAAGAAUAGGAAGGCACAAAAAGGAAGCCAGACAAUGAUCAGGCUCCUCUUAACUUGUGUCUUCAUAGUAUUUUUUCAUCAUUUUGAUAAAAUUCUUGGAAAUUCACAGAUAACCAGAUUUAUUUUUU